AUGGCGAGUGAUCAUUGCACUGACAAGUCAGGCCAGUGGAAAAUCCCAGAAGUUCCUGAUUGCUUCCAUGGGGAAUUGACGCGCCAAGAGGCGGAGGAAAGAUUAUUACGAUUUUCUAUUCCAAACAGCUAUCUCCUUCGCCUUAGCAUCUGGGAAAAUGAAGAAACCGGUCAGAUAUCCCUCUACUAUGUUCUCUCCUUCCUUACCUCAAAGCUUGUUUGUCAGCAUUACAAACUUGUCCCUCGAUUACAAUCAUUCCAACUUGGUGAGAGACUUUUCCAAUGUCUGAAAUGUAUACUGUCGCGCUAUUACCAAUGCCCUCUUGUCCCCGGAGAAUGUUUGCGAGUACCCAUUCCGCCAUGCAGUCCGCCCCAGGAGUUCUACACACGUCGAGUUCGAGCCAUCCGGAAAUACGAACCGCCCUGUAAUUUGCGUCUUGGAUUCAACCGGCGUUUCAGUCGCUACAUGCCGCAGUUAGUGAAACCUGCGUCUCGUGAGUGCUCAAGGCAAACAGUGUUGAAGUAUGAGGGUAGUCGGCUAGAAAGUGACGAUGUUUCCAUAACUGCGGAGCCUAUGGAGAGUGUCUCCCACCCAACUGCUGUUGAAGGUUGUACCAUUGCCAAAUCUGAUUUAACUGUCUUGACAACUUUCAGGUGCAAACCCAGUGACGAAUUCUUGGUUGUUGACGAUGAAUCACACUCCGAUUGGAUGCUUGUCACCUCGGUGCAGACGCGUCAGAGUGGAUACCUACCCAAGUUCUGUCUCGAGAGAGUGUAUCCGGAUAUUAUCGAACGACUGUCGUUUUUCCACGAGGACAGUACCUCCCUGGAGCAGCAGGAGUUGCUGAAACGAAACGGUCCAUUCAGCUACCUACUAAGAUUAUGUGAUUCCAAUCCGGGUCUUUAUACCCUCCUCGUGUAUGAUGGAAUCCGAAUUCUGAAGUACAAAAUCGCCACGAGCAUCGUUUGGUCGGCCACAGCACAACCUCACGGCAACACUGCCAACAGUGACAACGAUAACAAAAGUGCUCCAUCGAUUACGGCUCCGACGGCCACGUCUUCAGGCGAUAUUGUCGGCGGUGGUAACUGUCUGGAACUGGCUACGACGGAUGGUACCUCGAACUCCUCCGUCUUUCAGCCCUUUAACAAACCACUCUACAAGUCAGUGGUGAAGAUCCGCUAUAACAAUCUUUGGUACACCUCCGUGGAGAACGUUGUUGCUGCCAUUGAGGCCCAAUUCAACCAAUCCAACUCGCCCUAUCAACCCUGUCUGGUGGAGCUGAAGCCGGUUCAACGGGCACCCAAGGUGAUUCCCUCCCAAGAUUCCAUCUACAUGGCCGUCAGUUUUAAUCGCAGACCACCUUCACCACAUGCGAUUGUGGAGAUACACGGCGAGUUGUCGCUCUGGGUGCCACAGAAGAAGAAGUGGAAGGCGCUGUAUGCAUCACUGGACAGGGAGCAGAGCAUUAUCACUCUUACCGAUGGUGACAAACGCAAGCCCGAGCGGAUUGAUCUCUCGCGCUGUGAUUUCUUCCCUGUCCACCCGCUGAUGUUCGACAAGCAGCACUGCUUCGGCCUUCUUCUCUCCUCCACGGGUGAACGCGAAGACUACGUGUUUGCAGUCGAGCCGCCCUACUCUUACAACAAUCCUCAGAUGGCCACUUCUGGAGGCGGUGGUAAUGGUGUAGGCGGCUCAGUGAACAGUCUUUUCGCCUCCGUGUCUACCCCCUCGGCGUCUCUGAGAUUUCAACACAGUGUAGGCGGUGCACCCGCAUCCACCACCGCUACUGCCGCUGUUAACAAUAACAACGGCAACAUCGUCAACAACAACAGCAGUGGUAGUGGCAACAGCAACAAUGGAGGUCCUCCCGCUGGUGCUGUUGCUGCCUUGGAUUUGGACCCUCAAGCCUAUGCGGGUCGAUCCGAUACCUCGGGCAAUGUGGAUCUUGCUACAGGUUUGCCACGAUUCUGUGAUUUUGGGGAGACUACAGGUUCCACGUGGUCUAAGAUCCUCGCCUCUACGGGUGGCGGUGUUGCCAGUGGGGCAGGCGGCAGUGGCGGUGUUGGCGGUACCGCGGGCGGUCCCGCACUUAUUGAUUUAGCCUAUAUGCGGUGGCUGAAGGCCCUUGCCGCGCAUUGUCGCAACACCCGUGGUGAGUCGGCAGUCGAUGCGGAUCCUGAACGACGGCGAAGCGAGGUUAGGUGCUUUAGGACCCUCGAAGUAAAGUUGGCAAAUGCCAAACUGCUUCCGAUGCCACCGUCGGGGAGGCGUGAGGGAGGCGGAGUUUACUCGGUUACGGUGGAUGGAUUGGAGAUUGCGCGUGCCUACAGUGGAGCCACUAACCAGACAAUCACCUUUGAAGAAUUCCCCUACGGAUACAAGAAGGUUGAGGUGACAUACCGUGAGGAUAAAAGAAAACGACAACCGGUGGUGUUGGCCGAGCUGCAGCUAAUGGCACGAAGACAGAGUACUCUGGUGAACAGCACCAGUAACGUUUCACAGCCCCUCUCACUGGGCAGUCCGCUUGGUCUCGAGGUGGCUCUUAUGCCUGGGCGGCCAUCGACAUCACAACAACAGCAGCAGGCUUCACAGCCUAAAGUGACUCUGUCCUCUACGCCCACGCCGAUAUGCUGCUUUCUGGAGUCUGUCUCGCCACAGGCAACACUUAUCUACAGGGAGCUCUACGUUCUCCCUUUCCAGUGCUAUGACAAACUACGAAAAGUGAUCACCUCACAUCUGGAAACAGAGCUUGUCCCAGCAUGUACGUAUAUGUGGGAUGUUUUGGCCAGUGAUCAGAGCAACUUCCAAUCAAGUCUUCUACUUGCCUGCAUUGAAUCGAAGCGCCACCUCGAGUUAAUUGUCAAUCUUCUCAAGGCAAUCAUCCCUGCCGACAAACCAGCCGGUGCCUUCCGGUCUAACGCACUGGGGCAGUUAAUCAUGGACCAGUACAUGAAUAUGGUCUGUUCUGAAUGGCGACAAAAAUGCUUCCGCCGAGUCUUCAAUGAGAUCGCGAAGGGGGCGCCCAGCACUAUUGGAGGCGCCGGUACGACCAGUGUCUUAGCCUCCCCGCUGACAACUGUCACCUUCACUGCCUGCACGUCCAGCACUAGCACCACCUCCCGAGUCGUCAGAUUCUCCUCGGGUGGAGAAAAAUCGAUCUUAGAGGCUGGAGAAGCCUCUUCUUCGUCGGGAUCGGGCUCCUGUAAUCCCCCUUCUAGCAGUGGCGGUGGCCCCGAACUGCACCGUGUAUCAACUUGCCCACCACAGCACCACAGAGAAGCGUCCCCGGUCGCAUCUCACAGCUUCUCGCAAACUGGCUCUCGUGUUGACGUCUGUUCCACUCAAGCCGAAUGGUACUGCAGUCUCGUUGAAUUGCUCGUGGAGGACUUGCUUGAAUACGCCAAAGAAUUCCCCCUUCAAAUCCGAUGGAUCUACUCUGAGUUACAGGUAAGUGCCUCCUUCGGCAUACUAUUCAUUACUUGCAAGAAAUGCCCCGAACUGAAGUCGACCAACGCGGUUUGGUGCAAUCUCCUCUUCCUUCGCGGCAUCUGUCCGUCCAUUUGCAAGGGUUCAGACGGUUCGGGAGCCGAGUCUCCGACUCGUGAUACAAAGACUCUCACAACGGUCGCCAAAAACCUUAUUGCCCUAACUAGUCAAAAGCGCAGUGAUAAUGCUCUUCCCUCUGAGGUCUUCGAGUCCUGCCGAUCGAAGUUACUCAAUAAAUUCGCUCCGCACGUUAUGAUAUCCCCUGCCCCUUCCUCCCACAGGCGCGAGCAGGAAGGGGAAGAUAACUAA